AUGCCUUCAGAAGUGGUUGCAAGGCUCGCGGGAACAACUUACCACGAUGCGUUCGUCGAGGUUCUCAAACAUAGAUUUGUGGCACCGCAAAGGGUCUGCGAGCGCACAAUGGAUGGGGCGGAACAAGGAUUGUCAAUGUGCUAUCCGACCUGGAUUACGGCAGCAACCCUCGAAAUCGGCAGGUCAGAAACCGAAGUCUUGAUGGAAGCUCUGCUGGCUGCCUCUCUUGCCAAAGUUGGAAGAGACCAAAAUGAACCGGAGAUGACAAUCCAUGGUGCAUAUAUGCAGACCCGUGCGUUGCAAAGACUGCGGUCCUUGUUGACAGGGUAUCAAGAGGGUGACAGGAGUAUUUCUCCGACAAUGCUGUCUUUGACAGCACUGACCUGCGCCAUGUCAGAGCUGAUUACCAACAAGUCCUGGGAUAAUUUCAAUAGUCACCUGUCCGGGGUAGGAGCCUUGAUAUCCCAUGGUGGCGUCGAAGGUUUGAAUCAACAGUUGUCUCAAGAGCACUUUUAUAGGUACCGGGCAAUCCAAACACCUUUCUUGUUCAUGAAUCGACAGAAAGCGUUCCUCUGCGACCCGGAAUGGACCGAUUUCCCUUGGAAAAAAGAUUUGGAGCUUGCUCGACACCCCUUGCAUUCGAUGCUUGACAUUGCCCUCAAGGCUUUACCGGAGAUUGCCAAGCAGGAAAUACCAAAAAGUUGGACAGUUUCUUGCCUCAGAGAGAGGCUCGAAAAGGCCUGCGCAAUCGUGGCGGAACUGAAUGAGUGGGAGCGUCAGCUGCGAUCCCAGCAUCGUGGCGCCUUAUACACCGAGGUCCCCGCGACAUGGGAAGGUAUUUACAAGCGCCGCCUGGAGUUCCCCAGCAUUUCGAUUGCCAUCACAUUCGCGAUGUAUACGGCCGCAAGGAUACACGUCGCAACUCUUGUGGCCGAUGUCUCAGAUGAGAUCAUCUGGCGCGUGCCAACAGCUGACAUACAUAGCAGCUCAGCUGUGCGGGAGGCAUUGCAGUGGGCAAGGCUUGCAUGCCAGAGCCUCGAGUACUUCCGCACCGACCGGUCCAAGGCUGCGGGACGGAUUGUAACGCUGUGGCCACUUGAGACCGCCUGGGAACUCUUUGUAAGGGUGGAGGCGGAAGGUUCUGUGGAUGUCUCGCAAGAGAUUGCGUGGUGUCGGUCUGCAGCUGAACAGCAGGCAAAUCUCGGUAUCCCUCCAUUUAAAUGGAGGUAA